UGAUGAUUAUCAAAUACUCCAAUUAAUAUUUACAUUUAUUAGUUAUCUAUCUAUUUUGGUCCUGGUUUCGUCUAAGUGAUUCUUAAUUAGCAUUAUGUUUCUAGAUAGAUAAAAUUGUACAAUAGAUUUUCUGAUUAUCUCAUUAUUUGGUGUUCAUCAAAAAAGUGGAGAUAAUGAUCAUUGAAACUAGUAUAAAUGACUGUUAAUUCUGAGUUGAAAUCAUAGUAUAGCAGAAUGUACAUCAAACUAGUCUUCGCAGCUCUACUUGUAUGUGUACUGUACAACAGUGCCUACAGUAGAUCGAUUAAUUAUGAUGGUUCCAAAAAUGAUGACAAAUCACUUGAUACAAGUGCAAAGCAUGGAAGACGAAGCUUAAGCUUAACUUUGAACGAUCGCCGAAGACAUAAAGACGAUGAUGAUAAUGAUGAUGACGAUGAUGAUGAUUUCCCUCCACUAAAAGUAAGUGGCCGCAGAGAUGAUGAUGACGACGAUGAUGAUGAUGAUGAUUUCCCUCCACCAAAAGUAAGUGGACGUAGAGACGAUGAUGAUGACGACGAUGAUGAUGAUGAUGAUUUCCCACCACCAAAAGUAAGUGGACGUAGAGACGAUGAUGACGACGACGAUGAUGAUGAUGAUUUCCCACCACCAAAAGUAAGUGGACGUAGAGACGAUGAUGACGACGACGAUGAUGAUGAUGAUUUCCCACCACCAAAAGUAAGUGGCCGCAGAGACGAUGAUGACGACGACGAUGAUGAUGAUGAUUUCCCUCCACCAAAAGUAAGUGGACGUAGAGACGAUGAUGACGACGACGACGAUGAUGAUGAUUUCCCUCCACCAAAAGUAAGUGGACGUAGAGACGAUGAUGACGACGACGAUGAUGAUGAUGAUGAUUUCCCACCACCAAAAGUAAGUGGACGUAGAGACGAUGACGACGACGAUGAUGAUGAUGAUUUUCCACCACCAAAAGUAAGUGGCCGCAGAGACGAUGGUGAUGACGACGACGAUGAUGAUGAUUUCCCUCCACCAAAAGUAAGUGGACGUAGAGACGAUGAUGACGACGAUGAUGAUGAUGAUUUCCCACCACCAAAAGUAAGUGGACGUAGAGACGAUGAUGAUGACGACGAUGAUGAUGAUGAUGAUGAUUUCCCACCACCAAAAGUAAGUGGACGUAGAGACGAUGAUGAUGACGACGAUGAUGAUGAUGAUGAUUUCCCACCACCAAAAGUAAGUGGACGUAGAGACGAUGAUGACGACGACGAUGAUGAUGAUGAUUUCCCUCCACCAAAAGUAAGUGGACGUAGAGACGAUGAUGACGACGACGACGAUGAUGAUGAUUUCCCUCCACCAAAAGUAAGUGGACGUAGAGACGAUGAUGACGACGACGAUGAUGAUGAUGAUUUCCCACCACCAAAAGUAAGUGGACGUAGAGACGAUGACGACGACGAUGAUGAUGAUGAUUUUCCACCACCAAAAGUAAGUGGACGUAGAGACGAUGAUGAUGACGACGAUGAUGAUGAUGAUGAUUUCCCACCACCAAAAGUAAGUGGACGUAGAGACGAUGAUGACGACGACGAUGAUGAUGAUGUUUUCCCUCCACCAAAAGUAAGUGGACGUAGAGACGAUGAUGACGACGACGACGAUGAUGAUGAUUUCCCUCCACCAAAAGUAAGUGGACGUAGAGACGAUGAUGACGACGACGAUGAUGAUGAUGAUUUCCCACCACCAAAAGUAAGUGGACGUAGAGACGAUGACGACGACGAUGAUGAUGAUGAUUUUCCACCACCAAAAGUAAGUGGCCGCAGAGACGAUGGUGAUGACGACGACGAUGAUGAUGAUUUCCCUCCACCAAAAGUAAGUGGACGUAGAGACGAUGAUGACGACGAUGAUGAUGAUGAUGAUUUCCCACCACCAAAAGUAAGUGGACGUAGAGACGAUGAUGAUGACGACGAUGAUGAUGAUGAUUUCCCACCACCAAAAGUAAGUGGACGUAGAGACGAUGAUGAUGACGACGAUGAUGAUGAUGAUUUCCCACCCCCAAAAGUAAGUGGACGUAGAGACGAUGAUGAUGACGACGAUGAUGAUGAUGAUUUCCCACCACCAAAAGUAAGUGGACGUAGAGACGAUGAUGAUGACGACGAUGAUGAUGAUGAUUUCCCACCACCAAAAGUAAGUGGCCGCAGAGACGAUGAUGAUGACGACGAUGAUGAUGAUGAUUUCCCUCCACCUAGAAAAACUGAUGACAGAUACUAAAAUGUUAUUGUAAUCAAUAGUAGAACGUAAUAUAUUAGUAAUUUUUA